CGCAGCGCGUUUAGUCCCUAUAAAAGCCAGAGCACCGAUCGUUGUCAGUACUAGUUCACAUUGUUCCGCAUCCGAAACGCACUACGAAAAUGUUCAAGGUGGUAGCUCUGAUCGUCAUGGCCGCGGCCUGCGACGCCGUCCUAUUGGGAUACGAUGGAUACGGACACGGUGGUUACGGUGCUCUGGCUGAUGGUUACGCAGGAUAUCCAGGAGUUGCAGGAUACGCAGGAUACGCAGGAUACGCAGGAUAUGGCGCGGGACAUGCAGUUUCCCAUGCAGGUCUUGUCGGACCCGCCGUCGUUCCCGUUGCUAAAGUUGGAUAUGGUUACGGAGGAUACGGACAUGGAUAUGGCCACGACGACUCCCACGACCAUUACGCCUACCCUAAAUACGCCUUUGACUAUGGCGUCCACGAUCCUCACACGGGUGACGUCAAGAGUCAACACGAGGUCCGCGACGGAGACGUCGUCAAGGGUUCCUACAGCCUGAACGAGCCCGACGGCACCGUGCGCGUCGUCGAUUACACGGCCGACGACCACAAUGGAUUCAACGCGGUGGUCAAGAAGAUUGGCCACGCCGUUCAUCCAGCGCCCCUUCCAGCUGUCAAAUACGUUACGCCGGUUCUUGCCAGUCCCGAACACGGCUACGGAUACGGAUACGACAAGCACUAUUGAGCCGCCAUGACGACGUCGUCUUGACCCACUGACUAUGUACAUACCUUUGCUACCAAUCGAAUAAACCUACCCUCGUUAAGGAAA